AUGCGAUUUUCUAUAUUUAUUUCCGCUAUUUUCCUAUUUGGUAGUUCGAAUGGUUGGCCCCAGUUUGAUUUUUUGAACCAAAUGGGUUUGAAUUUUGGAGGAGGACAAGGAGGAGGUUUCAAUAAUGGACCACCACCACAAAACUUUCAACCAGGAAAUCGCCCCGGAAGCCCAUUCGGUGAAAUCAUGGGGAAUAUAAAUGGAAUGGUGAGUGGGCUCACGAACCAAAUCGGACAAAUAACCAAAGGCCUCGACGUGAAUAAUGAUCUGGGAAAGAUGGCGCAUGGUCCACCACCGCCGCAAAACGAAUGGCAGCAACAUGCGAGAAGGUUCUGCCGCCGAUUCCCUGGUCAUCCCAAGUGUCGCGGACAACUUCCUCAAUUCAAUGAUAUUGGAUCGAUUCUUAAUGGGAUUCUGGUGGAUAGUGGAAAAUGGCUCCCUAAAGUUCCAUUCAUUAACAUUCGAGAUCCACUUACUGGUAUUAACACUGACUUGAGAAGCGCAUUGAAUGGGAUCGCUGUGCAGUUUGGACAAAUCAGUCAACAAUUCACCAAUAAUAUAAAAGACAUUUGCUCAAGAGUGAACUGCAAGGCGCAACUACAGAAAAAUUUGCAAAUGAAGCAGGACAUAUUGAAGUCAACAGUGGCUUUUGAGAAAAAAGUUUUUGGAACUGAUGUUGCGGAUAAAAUGAACAUGAGAUUUGAUAGAACCCUUCAACUCAAACAAGCAUUAUUAGAGAAAGCCCAACUUAAAGGAGUGGUCGCCCCUGAAGACAAUGGAGUCUUUGAUAAGGAUCUCCUUCUAACUGAAGCUCAAGCGAAUUUCAUGCUCAACGAGUUGGGCAAAGGAGGAGAAGGCGCCAUUCCCCAACCGGGUUCCUUCAAAGCCAAACGCGCUUCCAUAUUUUUCGAGCAGAAUGUAGUCCAAAAAUGGCCUAACACAGCACCAAUUCCAUACACAUUUGAUGCGUCAUUGGAUAAUUUGGAUCAGAAUGAUGUGCGUGGAGCCAUUUCAGAAAUCGAGCAAAAGACGUGCAUUCGGUUCAAGUACUAUGCUACACCACCAAGAGGCAAUCACAUUAACUAUCAGAAAGUGAACUCGCCAGCUUUUGCAAAAUCUUUAAUUCGGUGGUACCAAACACUUUUUAAGAAACUCAAAUUUUGUAAACCGGAACUGUUGUACCAACCGAGUUAUAUCUGCGGACUAUCCUACAUUGGACGUGUGGAGCCUGCAAAUCCAGUCUAUUUGAGUUUUCAAUGUGGCAAUGGCAGAGGAAUAGCAGUCCAUGAAACAAUGCAUGCACUGGGUGUCAAUCAUCAACAUUUGAGAAUGGACCGGGAUAAAUACAUCAAAUCAUGUAUUUUUCAAACAGUUGUUGAUUGUGAUCACAUCAACCGGAAACAAGAGCAAAUAAAAAAGUUGAUUAUCGACUGGAGCAACAUCAACCCUCAACAGUACGACGCCUUUGUCGCUGCCGAUUCCAAGCUCUACACCACCUAUGGUGUCAAGUAUGCCUAUGACAGUAUCAUGCACUACAAUGCUUACACUGCCGCCGUGAACAUUGCAAAACCAACAAUGAUCCCUCUGGUCAACCAGCAAGCCAACAUUGGAUUACUUGGACAACGAGCGAAGAUGAGCGCUCAGGAUGUGGAAAUACUCAAUAAGAUGUACUGCAAAUCGACUGGAUGUGAUGAUAAGAAUGUUUACUGUGGUGCUUGGGCUUUACAAGAUCUUUGCAACAAUCCGAAUCAUAAUGUUUGGAUGAGAAGCAACUGCCGGAAGAGUUGCAAUUUUUGUUAA